AUGACCGUUGGCGAAGCACCUCGAUUUGUCCUCCCGGAGGUUGUUGACAACCCAAAGGGAUGGGGACCGUCGAACUUCCCGGACGAGCUUUUGCACGUUCCAUAUGCGCCAUACUCCAAGGCUGACCGUCUAGGCAAAAUUGCCGACUGGACAGCGCCCGCCGAUGGGUACCAGGACCGCCGCUUCGAAAACAACAGACGUCGCUUUGGUGCCCAAGAGGCAUUCGGAAGCGGACUCUCAUCACUUUUCGCAUACACCGUUGCCGCUGACGAUGAGGCCACCUUCUCCGUCGUCGACCGUCAAACAACCGUCCAGAAGAAGCCCGGAUUCAAAUCUGCGCGUGGUGGACGUGGUGGAGGUCGCGGAGGAUGGCAAGCGGGAGGCCGUGGAGGCGCCGCUGGUGGCAGGAGAGACGACCGUCGUGGACCACAUCCCGCAGGACCAAAGAGGCGGUAUGGCGGUUAUAACGACAAGCCUGCUCGCGUUCGGGAAUCCAGUGUUGUGGCUGGUCCCGAGUGGAAGUUGUUGGAAGACCUGGACUUCCCUCGUAUGAACAAGCUGUACUACGAGGUGGACGAACCACAAGACAUCUCUGCUCACGGUCAACUGCACUACAUCGACAAAUCGUUCGACCGCAUGAACGCGAAGUCCGAAAAGGCUCUGCAGCAAAUCGACCGCAGCUUCCUUAACUCCACUGCCAGUGACGACCCGGUUCUUUUGGGCGAUGCGAAGACCCGGUCGGAAGGAGUCACGGUUUACGCGACAGACAACGUCCUGGCGACCAUCAUGUGCGCUACUCGCUCCGUGUACUCUUGGGAUAUCAUCAUCAACAAGCAAGACAACAAGAUCUUCCUUGACAAGCGUGAUGGGGGUGUGUUUGACUUCGUCAGUGUCAACGAGAACGCUGCUGACCCACCAAUGGAGGCACCUGAGAAGGAAAACAUCAACUCUCCACAAGCCCUCUCAAUGGAAGCCACCUACAUCAACCGCAACUUUUCCCAACAAGUUCUCAAGGAGAACGAGCGCGCAUCUCUGCCGAAACCCAACCCCUUCGACGACAACAGCACGUCCGAGCCACUGGCACCCGUCGCGUACAGGUACCGUCGGUGGAACCUCGGUAACGACAUCACCCUCGUCGCCCGUACCCAAAUCGAUGCCCUCUUGCACACUCCCGGCGCCGUCCAACAAACGGCAGCCACCUCGGGACCAACGAAACUGCGCACGGAAGUCCACCCGGCCAAUGAGACCCUCUUCGUCAACGUCAAGGCCCUGAACGAGUUCGACUCGAAAAACGCCGGCUCCGGCGCACCUGACUGGCGCCAGAAGCUCGACUCCCAGCGCGGUGCCGUCAUGGCCACUGAGAUCAAGAACAACGGAAACAAGCUCGCCCGAUGGACCACCGAAUCCAUCCUUGCCGGUGUCGAUCAGCUCCGUCUUGGUUUUGUGUCGCGAGCUACGCCAAAGGACAGGACCCGCCACGUCAUCCUCGGCACCAACACGUUCAAGCCAAAGGACCUUGCGGCCCAGAUGAACUUGAACGUUGGCAACGGAUGGGGUAUCCUUAAGAUGUUCGUCGACCUGUGCAUCAACACCCUGCAGGACGGAAAGUAUGUGCUGGUCAAGGACCCUAACAAGGCUGUUCUCCACCUCUGGUCCGUCCCGGAAGACACCUUCGAGGAAGACGAAGGCGGCGACGAGGACGAUAGCGAGAUGCCGGAGGACGCUGACCAGUAG